AUGCUAUCUUCACAAAUUUUGAAAAACUCAGCCGCUACUUUGGGACGCUCAUUGGGCGCUGCCGCGCCCAAGAGCGCCAGUAGAGUGCUGUUAAGAGCUUCUCCGGCCAGAACCGGCCAAUCCUGGGCUAUGAUCGAAACUAGAAGACUGGCACCAGCGAUCGUCGGAUGGGCUGCUUUUAUCACAGGCAUGCUAGGAUGGCCAUUUGCUUUGAGAGCUGUGAUGCUUCCCAAACAACUAGAUUAG